GUUCUGUUGAAACUAAUGUCUUUAGAAUUAUUCAAAGUCAAGCUUGCCUUAUAAGACCUGCAAUUGGUGGCAAUCCUGGUCCUGCAAAAACGUUUAGACUUGAUGUUUUAAACAUUUUAGAUAACCAAAUCGAUUCCAUUUUUAGAAUCGUUCUUUUGUUUCUAGCUCUAGAGCCAAUGGCUUCAAUGGCCAAGCAACUACACUUUGUGUUAAUCCCACUCAUGGCACAAGGUCAUAUGAUUCCGAUGGUUGACAUGGCCAGGCUUCUUGCAGAGCGAGGGGUGAUUGUAAGUUUGAUCACUACUCCCCACAAUGCGUCAAGAUUUGACACAGUCAUCCAACGAGCUACGGAAUCAGGGCAACAGAUCCGGCUAGUGAAACUUCCAUUUCCAUGCCAAGUAGUGGGACUCCCUCUCGGAUGUGAGAAUCUUGACACUUUAUCUUCCAGGGACCUACUGAAAAAGUUCUACAAUGCACUUGGUAUGUUGCAAGAACCAUUGGAACAAUUUCUUGAACAACAAAAGCCGCUUCCAAGCUGCAUAAUAUCAGACAAGUGUCUUUCCUGGACCUCAAAAACUGCUCAAAGGUUUAAUAUUCCUAGGAUUGUUUUUCAUGGGAUGGGCUGCUUCUCAUUGUUGAGCUCUCAUAAUGUGAAGCUACAUAAGGCUCAUCUUUCUGUUGCUUCAGAUUCGGAACCCUUUGUGGUGCCAGGACUUCCACAAAAGGUAGAGAUAACAAGGGCUCAACUUCCAGGAUCAUUUGUUAGUUUGCCUGACUUAGACGAUGUUCGCAACAAGAUGCAAGAGGCUGAAAUGACUGCUUUCGGAGUUGUGAUAAACAGCUUCAAUGAACUAGAGCAUGGAUGCGUCAAGGAAUACCAGAAGGCUAUUAAAAAAAAGGUUUGGACCAUUGGACCAGUUUCUUUAUGCAACAGAAUAAACUUGGACAAGUUUGAAAGAGGAAACAAAUCAUCAAUCAAUGAGCAAAAAUGCUUGAAAUGGCUCGACUCAAUGAAACCAAGGUCAGUUAUCUAUGCUUGCCUUGGUAGCCUAUGCCGUCUAGUUCCAGCACAGUUGAUAGAACUCGGGUUGGGUCUAGAAGCAUCAAAACAACCAUUUAUUUGGGUAGUCAAAACAGGUGAUCAAAGAGCUAAUGACGAGUUAGAAAAGUGGUUUUCAAAGCAUAAGUUUGAGGAAAGGAUCAAAGGAAGGGGACUUUUGAUCAAGGGUUGGGCUCCUCAAGUUCUUAUUUUAUCCCAUCCUGCAAUAAGAGGAUUCUUAACUCAUUGCGGUUGGAAUUCAACUAUAGAAGCCGUCAGCUCCGGGGUGCCAAUGAUAACAUGGCCUCAGUUCUCAGAACAAUUCUUUAAUGAAAAACUCAUUGUUCAAGUUCUAAAGAUAGGAAUUCGGGUUGGCGUUGAUGUUCCUGUUAGAUGGGGUGAAGAAGAGAAACUCGGGGUGUUGGUCAAGAAAGAACAAGUUGAGAAAGCCAUAGAUAUGUUGAUGAAAGGAGGAGAAGACGGCGAAAAGAGAAGAGUAAGAGCAGGAGAGCUAGCAAAAAUGGCAAGAAAGGCUGUGGAAAAUGGAGGAUCAUCCUACUUUAACAUGUCACUCUUGGUGCAAGACAUUUUGGAGAAAAUCACGAUCAAUAAUACCCAAACUGGUUUAAUUAACAGUUUGUAAAUUAAUCAGGAAGUUGGAUGUUAUCUUUUCCUUUUUCCCGAAGGCAUGCAUUUGAAUGUAUCACAAGUAAUCUGUACGAAAUUUCUAUUAUAGAUACCUUCACGGCACAAACUUGGAAUAUUCAUUUUAAUUUCAGCACCAAUUAAGAGAAUAGACUUCUAAAGAAAUUUCCUUCUCCUAUAUUGUUUAGGGUUUGAGCUUAUUAGGCAAAGUCCUUAUAAUUAGUAAAGAAA